AUGCACCCGGAAAAAAUUACUGGAAGAUUAGGAAUUGCAACCAAUCAAACAAUUAAGAGAAAUGCCUACAUUCGUAUACAGGAAAAGGCAGUUUCUCAUUAUCAAAUUGAUGGAGAACAAGUUGCCUUCUCAUUGAAUAGACACAAAGCAUGGGAAUUGUUGGAAAAGCAACAAGAAAUUGAAGAAUCAUAUGACAAUGUGUCAAGAAACAAUGAUCAAGAAAAUAGACUAACUAAAAAGAAACAUUUCCAACAACAUCUCAAUAAGAGUAAACAUGACAAUCGAUUGCAACAAAAGGAAUUGGCAAAACUCAAGAAGAAUUUAGAAAAGAAACCAAUUCUAUCCGAAUCAACAGAAGAAGAAGCAGAACCAAAGAUUGUGAAACAUUUAAUUGGAAGCAAAAAUUAUCCGAGAGGAGUUUCACUGUUCCCUGAAAAUGGAAUUGUCAUUUCAGAAGUUAUGAGUCGAGCACAAAUUUACAAAUUGAGUCAACACAGAGAUCGUCAACGUCAUUUGGGUGUUUCAGGUAAUCAGAAAUCAAGACAUCAGAAAAAAGCUGAAUUUGAAAAGAGUAUCUUUUUGUAA